UUUACUGUCUGCCAUUAAACCGCCGCUGCGGCGAACGCAAACAAACGCGGAAGUGAGACGAAGCGAACCCUCCCGUCAAAAAUAAGAACCAUAUCAAGCCAGCGCUGAACCGAAUGACUCUUUGUCGGUUCUUUCGAACAGAACCGAACCGGUCCCAGAAAGCCUCCCACGCCAUGCCGAACCUGGAGAAACACAUGUUUGACCUCAAGGUUGCUGCCAAGGAGCUGCAGCACAACUCCAAGAAAUGUGACAAAGAGGAGAAGGCGGAAAAGGCGAAAGCAAAGAAGGCUAUCCAGAAGGGAAACACGGAGGCAGCGAGGAUCCAUGCAGAGAAUGCCAUCCGUCAGAAGCACCAGUCCAUUAACUUGCUGAGGAUGAGCGCCCGUGUGGACGCUGCGGCCUCUAGGGUCCAGACCGCUGUCACUAUGAACCAGGUCACCAAAUCCAUGUCGGCGGUUUUUAAAUCGAUGGACGCGACGCUGAAAAGCAUGAACCUGGAAAAGAUCUCGGCCCUGAUGAACCAGUUCGAGAGGAACUUUGAGACGUUGGACAUGCAGACGGUGCUGAUGGAAGACACCAUGGGCAGCACGUCCACGCUCACCACGCCUCAGAACGAAGUGGACAUGCUUCUGCGAGAAAUGGCUGACGAAGCGGGGUUGGAUCUCAGCCUGGCGCUUCCUCCGGGACAGACCUCCCCCGUGGCUUCCACUGUGGCUUCAGCCGAGCAGGAGGAGCUUAACAGGAGACUGUCCAAGGUGAGAGACCAGGCGUCGUAGAGACGCAGCGGAAGAAGAACUCCAGCGGAAAUACAAGCAAAAAAAGAAAACUAAAACAAGAACCCAAAUAGCAAACAGAGCCAUGUGCCUCCACACUCGGUUCUCCUUUGAGGAGAACGACGAUGAGCACGACUCUUGUUGUUUCGAGUGAUGCGUGGAUGAGUGUGGAGAAAGAUAAGCCGUAUUGUGAACAGCUAAUGCCUAAGCGGAUAACAAGGAUACGAAGACUUCUGAUGAUCCUCCCUGCUUCUUACUGCCACUCUGCUGCUGUAUGUUUUUUUAUUAUUAUUAAUUGUCCUAUAAAGAUUAAUUAUAAACCA